UUCAUCCUAUUUCUCUCCUUGGAUGUCAGACAGUGCGUGUGAGUGACUUUUUUAAAAAGCCUUUUGGAUCUUAUUUUGUUCACGGAAGGCAUCCCAGUCAAGUUGAAGCAUGCUGCGAUGCCUUGUACAUUCAGCCAGGAAUCUUCCCAAUGUGGAAAAAAGAGACAGACAGAGUGACCCAGUCGUGACUCUAAACUUUAAAGGUGUAAAGAAGAAGACCAAAGUGAUCAAGAACAAUUUGAACCCUGUCUGGAAUGAGGGCUUUGAGUGGGAUUUGAAAGGAACGCCGCUGGAUGCGAACUCCGAGAUCCACAUUGUCGUCAAGGACCAUGAAACCAUGGGCAGGAACAGGUUUCUGGGUGACGUUCGAACCUCCCUGAGAGAUGUACUGAGCUCCCCGAACCUAAUGGCCAAAUUCAAUUUGGCUUUGCUGGACACCAAGAAACAGAAUACUGGGGCCACCAUAAUUCUGCAGGUCUCGUACAUCCCUCCACCGGGAGCCAUGCCUGUAUUCCUGCCACCACCAACUCAACCUGAGGUGACAGCGACAGAGGUGUCAACGGAUACUGACAUCCCCACUGACACUGGUGGCGAGGGAGAGGAUGACACAGAAGAUCCUCUGGGCACGGGCGAUGAGGCUGAGUCCGCGUCGGGAGUACCUGGGACUGAACCACCUGUAAUGCCGAAGAAGCCAUCAACCAACGUGCUCCAUGGCAUCAAGAAAAGGAGACGCCCAACCAAAGUCCUACUCCCAAACAAGCCUCAGGACUUCCAGGUCAGAGUGUGUGUGGUUGAAGCCCGUCAGCUCCCCGGCAUCAACAUCAGGCCUGUUGUCAAAGUUACUGUUGCCGGGCAAACUAAGACAACGCGGGUUCGCAAGGGCAAUAACCCAUUCUUUGAUGAGACAUUUUUCUUCAACUUCUACGAUACUCCUGCUGACCUCUUUGACGAGCCGAUAUUCAUCAUGGCUUACAACUCCCACUCUCUGCGCAUGGACUCGGUGAUUGGAGAGUUCAAACUGGAUAUUGGGGCUGUUUAUUCUGAGCCAAAGCAUGCCUUUCUCAGAAAGUGGCUCCUUCUGUCCGACCCCGAUGACCUGGCUGCUGGGGCUAGAGGUUACCUGAAAGUCAACCUCAUCGUGUUGGGAAGUGGUGACGAAGCUCCUAUAGAGAAGAAAGAUAGUUCUGAAGAUAAAGAGGACAUUGAAGGGAACUUGCUGAGACCCAGUGGAGUGGCUCUGAGAGGAGCCUAUUUCACACUCAAGGUUUACAGGGCAGAGGAUCUCCCACAGAUGGAUGAUGCUGUUAUCGACAGUGUGAAGCAGUUCUUUGGAUUUGACAGCUGCAAGAAGAACCUCGUUGACCCUUUUGUAGAAGUGAGCUUCGCAGGGAAGAUGGUCUGCAGUAAAAUCAUUGAGAAAAAUGCCAAUCCUCGGUGGAAUCAGAGCCUUGUGUUGCCAAUUAGGUUUCCCUCCAUGUGUGAGAAAAUGAGAAUCCGCCUCAUUGACUGGGAUCGAUUAACCCAGAAUGAUGUGAUUGGCACAACUUACUUAUGCAUGUCAAAAAUCUCAGCCCCAGGAGGAGAGAUUGAAGUUGAUGAUGGCCUGGGAUACCUCCCAACGUUCGGGCCCUGCUUUGUGAAUCUGUACGGAAGCCCCCGAGAGUUUACAGGCUUCCCCGACCCAUAUGUAGACAUGAACCUCGGAAAGGGCGAGGCAAUGGCCUAUCGGGGCAGGGUCCUGCUGGAGCUGAGCACCAAGCUCGUGGACCAGGUGGAGCAGAAGAUUGAGGAGAUUCCAUCAGACGACCUCUUAAGACUCGAGAAACACCUCCGUCGGCGUAAGUUCCACCUGUGCGCUGUCUUCUACUCAGCCACCAUGCUUCAGGAGGUGGGCGAUGCCAUCCAGUUUGAGGUCAGCAUUGGUAACUACGGCAACAAGUUUGAUGCCACUUGCCUGCCCCUCGCCUCCACCACCCAGUACAGCCGGGCCGUGUUCGAUGGUUGCCAUUACUACUUCCUGCCCUGGGGUAAUGUCAAGCCGGUGGUGGUCUUGUCAUCAUACUGGGAGGAUAUCAGUUACCGGAUCGAUGCUCUGAACAUCCUGCUUAAUGCCGUGGACAGACUCGAAUCCGGUCUUGAGCUGGUCCAUCUCGCCAUCAAGGCAAAAAGUCCUGAGAGUGAAUUAAAGAAAAGGAUUGAUGAAAUGAUUGACUGCGUCAUCGCUGACUGCAGUCAACCCCUCCCCAAUGUCUUGGAGAUUCCCUCUGCUACCUGCCUCGACGGCCACAUCUACAGAUUCCGCACCACUAACCUACAGCAGAUCAUACAGGCUGCGGAGAAUCUCAAACAUGAGGAAGGGCUGGAGCUGCAGCAAACCCUGGACCAGGCUGAGGAUUGGCUCGUUCGACUGAAGACUAUGGCAGAGGAGCCCCAGAACAGUUUGCCUGACAUUGUGAUCUGGAUGUUGCAAGGAGAUCGGCGCAUAGCCUACCAUCGAAUUCCUGCCCACGAGAUUCUGUACUCCAGGAGGAACCCUGUCUGCUCCGGUAAAAACUGUGGGAUGCUUCAGACAAUCUUUUUGAAGCGCCCACGGAACAACUCGAAGUUUGAUAAGAUCCCAGCCCAGGCACGAGUGCGGAUCUGGUUUGGAUUGGCUGCGGAUAACAAGGAAUUUAACCAAUACACCGAGGGCAAACUAUCAGUCUUCGCAGAAACUUAUGAAAACCAGACCAAGUUGGCUCUCGUGGGGAACUGGGGAACUACAGGCCUCACCUACCCCAAAUAUUCAGACAUUACCGGAAAGAUCAAGCUCCCCAAAGAUUCCUUCCAACCUUCCCCAGGCUGGGCUUGGGCUGGAGACUGGUUUAUCUGUCCUGAAAAAACCUUGCUCUACGGUGCCGAUGCCGGUCACAUGACCUUCGUCGAGGAGGUGUUUGAGAACCAGGUCCGGUUGCCGGCGGGACAGUGGAUUCAAAUGGCCGAUGCCUACUCUGACGUUAACGGAGAGAAGGUGCUACCUAAGGAUGACAUUGAGUGUCCAGUGGGCUGGAAAUGGGAAGACGUUGAAUGGUCUACAGACCUCAACCGAGCUGUUGAUGAACAAGGUUGGGAGUAUGGAUUCACCAUCCCACCAGACCGGAAACCCAAGUCCUGGUCACCAGCGGAGAAGAUGUACCACACGAACAGACGGCGCCGGUGGGUGCGCAUGCGCCGGAGGGACCUUAAACAAGUGGACACGCUUCACAAGGCCAAGGCUGAUGAUCUGGAGAUCGAAGGUUGGGAAUACGCCUCUCUCUUUGGUUGGACAUUCCACUUGAAGCAGCGGAAGACAGAUACUUUUCGUCGGAGGAGAUGGAGACGCCGCAUGGAGCCUCUGGAGAAGGCCGGGCCAUCUGCAGUCUUUGCUCUGGAAGGUGCAUUGGGUGGAGUUACAGAUGACAAAAGUGAGGAGAAGUCAUUGUCCACCCUCAACCUGGGUGUGAAUACACCAACUGUCUCCUGUAUCUUUGACCAUGGGACCAGAUACCACCUCCGAUGCUACAUUUACCAAGCGAGAGACCUGAUCGCAAUGGACAAGGACAGCUUCUCUGACCCGUAUGCGAUCGUCUCAUUCCUGCAUCAAAGCCAAGCAACCGUCACUAUCAAAGGCACCCUGAACCCCACCUGGGACCAGACGCUAAUCUUCUAUGAAGUGGAGAUUUUCAGUGAUCCCAGCAUCACUGCCAGUAACCCACCCAACAUCGUUGUUGAGCUAUAUGAUCAUGAUACCUACGGAGCUGAUGAGUUUAUGGGCCGAUGUAUCUGCCGACCAUCCCUGGAGCCCUCCCCCAGGCUGGCCUGGUACCCAGUGAGAAGAGGAAACAGAAACGCGGGAGAGCUCCUGGCCGCCUUCGAGCUCGUUCAAAGGGAGAAGCGUACAGUCCACCAUAUUCCUGGCUUGCAGGAGGAGUUUAGCACACUGAAGGAGCUCUGCAUUCCGGAUUUCUUCUCCGAGGGUCUGCUACGAUGGGAGGACGACACGGAUUUGCCCUAUCCACCGCCACAACGCGAGCCCAACAUCUACAUGGUGCCCCAGGGGAUUAAACCUGUCCUGCAACGCACUGGCAUCGAGAUUCUUGCCUGGGGUUUGCGAAACCUGAAGAGCUACCAGCUAGCGAGCGUCUCCUCUCCCAGCCUCGUGGUGGAAUGUGGAGGCCGGAUGGUACAAUCCUGCGUCAUUAAGAACGCCAAGAAGAACCCCAACUUCAACACAUCCACUCUCUUCAUCGAAGUGCGUUUACCAAAAGAGGAACUCUAUUCCCCACCUAUCACUGUCAAAGUGAUUGAUAACAGACAGUUUGGAAGGAGACCUAUCGUCGGACAAUGUACGAUCAGGUCUCUGGUAGAUUUCUACUGUGAUCCUUAUGAGGAAAAGCGAGAUUCUACUAUUCUUCAAACUGAUGAACGAAGUCCCUCACUCCGAGAUGAUGUACUAAUUGAUAUUGAUGACACACAGCCUCUCAUCUCCAGCCAGUUUGCAGGCUGCAUGACCAGCUCAACCUUGAAUAAAUCCCCUUCUAUGUCCAGUCUCCAUGAAGAUGAGUUUGUCGACUGGUGGAGCAAGUUCUACGCGUCGACGGGUGACACCAACAAAUGUGGAACUUACCUGGACAAAGGCUUUGAUACACUUAAGGCGUAUGAUGUUGAGCUGGAGAAAGUCGAGGAGUUUGGAGGGUUAACAGAUUUCUGCCGCACCUUCCCUCUGCACCGUGGGAAGACUGAGGGUGAAGAUGAGGAUCCUUCGGUGGUGGGAGAAUUCAAGGGCAGUUUCAAGAUCUAUGCCCUUCCCGAUGACCCCGCUGUACCCAACCCUCCUCGCCAGUUCCAUGAACUUCCAGCCAGCGGACCCCAGGAGUGUCUAGUCAGGGUUUAUGUUGUCCGAGCUUUUGGACUGCAGCCUAAGGAUUCCAAUGGCAAGUGCGACCCAUAUGUGAAAGUUUCUGUGGGUAAGAAGUCAAUCAGUGACCAGGAUAAUUACAUCCCGUGCACACUCGAACCGGAGUUUGGAAGGAUGUAUGAACUGACUGGAAUACUACCUGUGGAGAAGGAUCUAAAGGUCACCGUUUACGACUAUGAUCUCCUCUCAAAGGAUGAGAAAAUUGGGGAAACUGUUAUUGACUUGGAGAAUCGCUUCCUGUCUCGAUUCGGAGGCUGUUGUGGGCUUCCUCAAACCUACUCCAUAUCAGGACCAAACCGAUGGCGUGACCAGCUCAGACCCAGCCAGCGCCUUCACAUCUAUGCACAGAGACACGGCUACAAACUCCCCGUGUGCACGGAGAAUAAAAUCACCUUCAGAGGGGAGGAAUUCCUUCUGUCAGAUUUUGAGGAUGAAAAGCCCCUUGGCUCGCACCUCGGACCCCCAGAUGAGAGAUUGGCCUUAUAUGUGCUUCGCAAACAGGGCCUGGUUCCAGAGCACGUGGAGACCAGGGCAUUAUUCAGCCCACUGCAGCCUGACAUCGAGCAGGGUAAAAUCCAGCUCUGGGUGGACAUCUUUCCAAAGUCACUUGGACCACCAGGACCCCCGUUCAACAUCACUCCUCGCAAAGCCAAGAGCUUCUUCCUGCGUUGUAUAAUAUGGAACACCAACGAUGUAAUCUUGGAUGACCUCAGCAUUACAGGGGAGAGGAUGAGUGAUAUUUACGUGAAAGGGUGGCUUCUGGGCUACGAGGGUAAUAAACAGAAGACAGAUGUUCACUACAGGUCAUUGGGAGGAGAAGGAAACUUCAACUGGAGAUUUGUCUUCCCUUUCGAAUACUUGCCCACUGAACAAGUCUGCUCCAUUGCCAAGAGGGAACAUUUCUGGAGUCUGGAUAAGACGGAGACUAAAAUCGCACCACAACUCAUCAUCCAAAUCUGGGACAAUGAUAGAUUUUCCUUUGACGAUUAUCUGGGUUCUGUUCAGAUGGAUCUUAACAGGAUGCCCAAACCAGCCAAGUCAGCCGAAAAGUGCGGCCUGAUGACUCUCGAGGGCGACAAGUACGUCUCUCUGUUUGAGCAGAAGUCAGUGAAGGGUUGGUGGCCUUGUGUAGCCGAGACACAAGGGGAGAAGAUCCUUGCUGGCAAAGUGGAAAUGACUCUGGAGAUCGUGUCAGAAGAGGAGAAGGAGGAGCGACCUGCUGGACAGGGUCGCGAUGAGCCCAACAUGAACCCGAAACUCGAGGAACCUAAGCGGCCGGACACUUCUUUCCUAUGGUUCACCUCUCCCUUGAAGACCAUGAAGUACAUCAUUUGGAGAAAAUUCCGCUGGAUGAUUCUCGGACUGCUACUGUUCCUUCUCCUGGUUCUGUUUGUCGUCAUAUUCCUGUACUCCUUCCCGGAAUAUGCUGCUAUGAAAUUGGUGAAACCGUUUAAUUGAGACCUUCUCUGAAGAAAGUGGCUGUAUGAAGUGGUGACCCCCCCACCGCAAGUCGUGUCACUGCUUCACCUGCAAUGGAAACUUGACCUGACGGGAAACGGCAAAGGCUUUGAAUAUAAAAUGACCAGCAGCACACCAAGAGCUUGCAACUGGUCACGAGUCGCUCGCAGGCACCAGCCUCCCUGGUACUCCACUGCUUCUACGCGCUGUUGGCACCUUGUUGGAGUUUGUACGCCAAAACUGCUCAUGCUGAUCUCUGCAGACUCCAUUGUCCCCUCCCUUCCCCCCUUCCCCUCACCUCUUAAUUUCCUCUUCUCCCUCCAAGGCCUCGUCAAGAGUUCCCUUAUAUUUCUCAAAAAGGAAAAGUAGCCGGGUGCUGGCAUUGGUCUUGAGGUGGUAACGCGGUACAGGCAGUGAUGGGAUCCGCUGCCUGUUCUACACACACUGUGCUGAUUCCUUUCCCAUUGAAGUUUUGCCAUGACCUGGCUUCUUUUUUGCACUAAUGCCUCCCUCCCCAGC